GGCCGCCUGUCAUGGCCGCCCCCGUGCCGCGGCCGUGAGCGCCCCGAGCCCGCCGGAGACACCGAGGCCGCGCCCGCGCCGCCGCCUCCAUCAUGGGCACUGUGCACGCUCGGAGUUUGGACCCUCUUCCAAUGACUGGGCCAGACUUUGGUGCCUUGGGAGAGGAACCUGAACUGGUUGAAGUUGAACCUGAGACCAAGCAGGAAAUUCUUGAAAACAAAGAUGUGGUGGUUCAGCAUGUGCACUUCGAUGGACUUGGAAGGACCAAAGAUGACAUCAUCAUGUAUGAAAUCUCUGAUGUUUUCAAGGCUAAAAAUCUCAUUGAUGUGAUGAGAAAAUCACAUGAAGCUCGUGAGAAGUUGCUUCGUCUCGGAAUCUUUAGACAGGUGGAUGUUCUGAUUGAUACCUGUCAAGGAGAUGAUGCCCUUCCAAAUGGUUUAGAUGUGACCUUUGAGGUAACAGAAUUGAGAAGGUUAACUGGGAGCUAUAACACCAUGGUUGGCAACAAUGAAGGCAGCAUGGUGCUGGGGCUCAAGUUCCCAAAUCUCUUUGGACGUGCAGAAAAGGUGACCUUCCAGUUCUCCUAUGGAACAAAGGAAACUUCAUAUGGCCUGUCCUUCUUCAAACCACAGCCUGGAAACUUUGAAAGAAAUUUUUCAGUUAAUGUGUACAAAGUAACUGGACAGUUCCCUUGGAGCUCUCUUCGAGAAACAGACAGAGGAGUAUCAACAGAAUUUAAUUUUCCCAUCUGGAAGACCACUCACACACUGAAGUGGGAGGGUGUGUGGAGAGAGCUUGGCUGCCUUGCUAGAACAGCAUCCUUUUCUGUUCGAGAGGAAAGUGGACACUCUCUGAAAUCUUCUCUCUCUCAUGCCAUGGUAAUUGAUUCUCGGAACUCCUCAAUCUUGCCAAAACGAGGUGCUUUGCUGAAAAUUAAUCAGGAGUUGGCUGGCUAUACAGGUGGAGAUGUGAGCUUUCUGAAAGAGGAUUUUGAAUUCCAGUUCAAUAAGCAACUUCUCUGGGAUUCGGUUGUUUCAGCAUCACUCUGGGGCGGAAUGCUGGUACCUAUUGGAGACAAGCCAUCCAGUAUAGCUGACAGGUUUUACCUUGGUGGACCAACAAGUGUGCGUGGAUUCAGUAUGUACAGCAUUGGACCCCAGAGUGAAGGUGAUUAUUUGGGAGGAGAAGCCUACUGGGCUGGAGGGGUUCAUCUCUACACCCCUCUCCCUUUCCGGCCUGGCCGUGGAGGCUUUGGGGAUCUUUUCCGAACACAUUUCUUCCUUAAUGCUGGAAAUCUCUGCAAUCUCAACUAUGGUGACGGUCCCAGGGCGCACCUGCAGAGGCUGGCAGAGUACAUCCGCUGGUCCUACGGCGCCGGAAUCGUGCUGCGCCUGGGAAACAUCGCCAGGCUGGAGCUCAACUACUGCUUCCCCAUGGGAGUACAGGCUGGAGACAGGAUAUGUGAUGGUGUUCAGUUCGGAGCAGGAAUAAGAUUUCUAUAAUACAGAAAUAUUUUACAUCAGUAAAUGAAAUUGUGCUCUGGAGAUGAAAUCAAGACUAUAACAUACUUCAAAAUGGUCUUUUUUCCUUGAAAUGCAGACACACAGCUGAGUGAUUUACCUCUUGGACUCCACAAGAAGCUACAUUAAAUAAUUAUGCUCUAAAGGUUCAUUGUACCUCUGAUUCUUAUCAAAGAUGGGAGAGUGUUUGUAGGAGUCUGUCUUACAGCUUUUAAUUGAAAUAUUAGAGUUGUGUCAGAUAUUGGCUCUUGAAUAUUGUUCAUAUCAUCAGAGUUUUGGCCUGCACAGCCUACCUUCUUCCAACCACAAGUCCCUAGAAAAGCUGUUACGAGUCAAAAAUGAUAUCUUUUAAUGGUUCUAAAGGAAUUAAAAUGUUCUAAUUUGAAUAUAUUUCACUACUGUAAAUCACCUCUGUUUAAAUGCCUCCUACAAUCUGAAUUGCAUACUGUAAAAGUUCAGGUCAUCUGUCUAGCAUAGUAAGUACUAAAAUCAUAAUUUUGAAGGGUUCAGGGCUCUGAGUGUCUUAAUGCUCUCAGCAAAGCUGUUGAUUUAUGUCUUGCAAAAACAGCUUUUUGUAGCAGUUGCAAAAAGGGACUCCAGACACAUGAAUGUGUGGAACUACCUGGUUUCCCUUUUUGUCUCUCUACUGACUUGUUGAGAUGUUAAUUUCACUUCCAACUCACCCCUGGCUUUAUCACUUGGAGUAUAUUCCAGUUUAUAAGGAUGGACUUAUUCACUACUUUGGUCCCAACAUCUUUGGAGGUAGUUGCAUACUGAUAAUUUUUAUAUGUAUCAAUCCUGUGUGGUCAUGCUGAACUUGGAGUGCACUUUCCUUGCAUCUACAUUCACCUUUUUUUGUUAUUAAGCGUUGGUAGGUUUAAAAUCACAAUACAGAGAAGACUCUGGGACAGCAGAACAAAAAUACAGAAGCUGUUAGACUCCUGGUUUUUUCUUCUCAGCUAAAGACACAGCUUUGGACAUGCUGGUGCUCGACUUGACUUUGCUGAAUGUGUCAGGACUGCCAUGAAAGCCCGUUCCCAGUCAAGUCAGCACUCAGACUCCAUUCUUUCUAAAGAGAACACAAUUUUAUACAUUGCUUUAGCAUUGGUCUGUAUUGCUGUUGGUGUAAUAGAGUAACUAAAUCUGGUUUAGUUGAUAAUUCUCUAAAAUAUGAAGGCUAAAAACUGGACUGGCUGGAUUUGCAGAGCUCUGCUUGAUUAAACAUCCUUCCCUCCUCAUAAAGUAGCAGCAGUAGGCUUACAGAUGUUCAAAAUUGUGUGAAUGACAGAAGUCAGCUGCUUCAAAUAGCAAAAUUUGAUAGAAAAAAACUUUCUCAGUGUGUUUAUCUAACAGAUACUAUAGCAAGUAUAUAUUUAACCAAGGAUUUUUGAUGGUUCUUUUGUUGUUAUGAGAUAAAAUAUGAAACUAUGUUAAGAAUGUCAACAAAUGUUAUUAGGUUUUUUCCCAGCACUAUCAGCAUUUUGACAUAUGAAAAUAUUUUUAAUGUGAAUGUUUAGAUACUAAAAUACUGUUAGGGUUUUCUCCUAGGAGUUCAAAGUUAGCUGUAUUUUGUUGCCUUAAGAGUUCUAUUUUGUGCACACCGUGUUUUACUCAAGGUUGCUCAAGUGCCAUUCUUUAGUAUGACACAAGAGCCCCAAGCUCAGCUGGCUGUUUGAGAGGGCUCAGCAGUGUUCUGAGCUGAGCAGGCCUAGGGGAAGAGCCCCAAACUCAGUAUGCACACCACACAGCAGCCAGGCCACAAUUAAGCUCUGACCUCUGUGAGAAACAAGGGAGGAAUGGAAGAAACUGCUGAAGGCUGAAGAGACCUUUGAGCACAUUGUCUGACAGACCACUCUGUGCCACUCGCCAGAGAAUCGUCCAGUGGGAUAAAGGGAGCAAAAUGAUGUUCCAUGGGCCUCUGCCUGGGUCACUGUUUUCCUGCUGGCAUUGCACUAGAUUGAAAAGUAACAUUUUCUUAUGGUGUACCACAAGUGCACAAAGGCUAUCCAGUAUAGAAAGUAUUUCUGAAUUCUUCUGGAAGAAACAUCUGGAUUUUGUGGUUGCUUCUAUGGAAUAUUGGUAUGAUUAAUAUAUUUCCACUUAAAAUUUGCUGCAGAGGUCCAGAUACUUAAAAUGGAUAAGGUAGAAAUCAGAAUUCCAGUAGAAGCUGCCACAGUGCUCAGUGGGAGAACAGCUUUGGAAAGAUAUGAAUCCAUGUUCUUGGUGGUUGUUUUUCUGGCCAGAGUUGAAAGGAUAGAAGGAGUAAGGCCUGCAGUCAGAACUGUGAAUCAGAAGCUUGGUGUUUGCUUAAAUGGGCAGUUUUGGAUAUCGUUUUACCUGUGGAGUAGUGAAGAUGCUCUUGCUCUUCGGGCAUGCCGCUUGCUGUUAGGGACAGCAAGGUGGUGAGGAGUGCCCCCAAACAGCACACCUGGGACAUGCUCGUGGGCUCCUGAUUUCAUGUCAGCAGUGCUGAGGCUGCGGGUCCCACCAGGUCGCAGAGUCCCUUCAGCUGUGACCUUAAUUCACUACUUGGAGCCCUUUCUGGUGGCUGAGGGAGACCUGGGGAGGAGAGGAGUUUUGGGACAAGGUUUGAAGAGUCUCAGUGGUGUGUUGGGGCACCCAAGAGGCAGUGAGAAGGUGGCGGUAGCAUGUCAGAAGCAUGGCCAAUAUUUCCAUCACCAUUUCUCAGAGCAUGGGUGGUUUCCAGCUGUUCUGGUUAUAUUAAAAAGUUGAAAUUGCACUUUAUGUUUGGAAAUCUGGUGGUAUCAAGUGCUGCUAAUGAGUAAGUUUCUAGGGGGCUUAGGGAAGGUGGAAGAGGAAACUUGUGAGGUUGUGAGAAUAUAAGGGCAGGUUUGCUGCCAUAUUAAGGCCAUAACUGUAUUUGAUUUGAAAAUAGAAGCUUUACAAAUAAAUUACUAUGCUGACCUCAAUAAUAUGGAAGCGUGCUUCAAUGUAAGUACCUUUGCUGUCACUCUGUGCCUUUUUUAACACAGUUGCCAGUCUUUGCAGAGGUGUAGCAACUAAUGUUCAGCACUUCCUACUUUUGCAAAACACCUGCUGGUUUUGUCAGGCAUUUGUGUAGAAAGUUCUGUCCCUAUUGUGCCCUUUGAGGGAAGUGUUCAAGUCUCUCUCCCACGUGUGAUCACAUGGAAAGGUGCAGGGGGGGGUCAGGUUGGCUCUCCCUUCUCUGGGCUGGGUGAGCACUCACAUGAAAAAGUAUGAAUUUUUACUGUGAUGUUAUGGGGGAAAGAAAAUACCAUGACUCCUUUGUGGGACUAUUAAGGAGCUGGUCAGAUGUCUGGAAGAUUAUCCUAAACUUUGUAUGGAAGAGCAUAAGAAAAUAAUCCUGAAAUUACAGAAUUUGAGUGUACAGUAGUUUGUUCUGCUAUUCUUGCUUUCAAGAGGGCUGGAGCCUGCAGCCACAGCUUCAGUAGGGAUCUUUUUCAGGAGAAUUUUUGCACAGCUUCUCCACCAUGGCAAACUUGUUGAAAUAGUGGAUGUAUGUUUUAUGAGAGCAAUGGUAAAUCGCUGUUAGCAACUGCAAUGCUGUUGGAUAAUUUUACCUUAAUUUGUGCUGAGUGUAUCCUGUGCUUUCUUCUUAAGCAAAAAACGCAACCCAGUCUGCAGCUGGUAGAGCCAAAGUCUGCAUGGAAUAAAUUGUCUUUGUAAAAGCUUUUAAGUUAAACAGAAUACAUGAUAGAAGGCACUCUGAAGCAAAUCAGUGGCAUCAGUAAGGUGGUACAUUCCUACCUCAGUAUUUAAUAAAUAACAUUAUUAACCUUGCCCCCCCAAAAGCCCCAAACAACGAAAUUUAACCCAAACACCAGCAGUCACACCCCCAGCACAUUUUCAUUCAUCUGGCAGACCAGGAAGAAAAAUGAACUGUGUCUUGUGUCUUUAAAAUUCCUAUCAUCUUAGAAAGUCGGUACAGCUGGUGUUAGAACAUAACAAGACUGCAAUAAUUUGCUGGUUUAAGUGGGUAGGUUUGCCUUGCUUCAAUAUCUGAAGAAGAGAGACCAUAUAUUCAAUGUUACUUAUUUUGUGAUACCUCUAAUUACAGUAACCUCAGGUAGUCUAAAAUUUUGAAAGCAGUAUAAAAUGCUAUGAGGUUAAAAUAAAGGAAGAAACACCUCUAUCAAAAAGAAGGUGAGCAAUGUUAAAAUGAGCAAAUGUGGAUUCAGACUUUUAAAUGUUCACCUAAAUAUUAAAUUAGCAGUUCAGCACUGAAAAUAAAAAACAUUUUAAACUAGGCUUAGUCUUUUCAAUGUAAUUCUCUAAAAUGACAUGUUUAUGCUCUGGCAGUUUUCUUAAUGGGUGUACAGUCAUUAUUGAAAUACUGAAUAUAUUCUUAUAGAAAUAUAUAGGAAUCUCCUCCCUAAUGAGAGGAAGGUACCAGAGAGAAUUUUCUGGCUGCAGAGGGCUGGUAUCUCAUUCAUUAUGGAGGGUUUAAACCACAUAGCUGGGCUUGCUCUGAGCUGCAGGCCACUGACCUGGUGCAGCAGCAGCUGUGUCCCUGUUAGUGGCCAUUAGCCAGUUAAAUCACUGCACACUAACACUGAUCAAAGCAGGGGUGACAGCUCUUCAUUUCCUGUUUAGAAGAGCCCUAUUUGUUUGACGAGUCCUAAAAAGGCUCCAAGUUUUGUUUCGGUGUUUCUGAAGUGUAAUUGACUUUUUGUUGCUGUGGGCUCUCUCUUGUCUCAAACAGCCCUGCCUCCUUUCGCUUUGCAAUAGGCUGAGUGCUUUUUCUACUUAGCUACCAACUGAAGCAUUUUAUAAAUAGAUAGGACAUCAAAGUCAGAGGUGAAUGGAUCUAUCUGUGUGGCUUUAUUUCAAUUAUUAAAAGAUACUUUCUUUUAAGUGGUUACAUCUUGAGUGCUGUACUGGAGUCAGGGAAGUUUUAUUUACCAUUUGGUCUGUGUGUGCAAAUUAACCAGUUUGUUUGCUUUCUUGCUAAAAGUUUGUACUGACACAUUUUCUGACUGCAAUUUCAUUUUAAAAAUCUGGUAUGAGAACUGAUCGAUUUUUAUGGGUUUUUUUCCCCCCAGAGGUUGGAUAAAAUGCUUUUCCUAUUCUGCCUUAAAGCUAAAUGUAACCUAAGACUUCGGUAUGCAUUUUAUGAAAUGAAAAUAUCCACUCUGCUAGUCCUGUUGCAGAUCAACAUUAAUGUGUGGGUUUUGUAUCAGUUGAGGUAAUUGAUGAACUGAAAAUUGAGCUUGCAAUUGUAAAAUGUCUCAUGUGGCUUAUGCCAGGAGAAUGCAGUUGACAUCCUUGCUAAUUAUUUCAUUUUGCAAAGUGGUUUUUUAACUGGUAUUGAUCCCACCCCUGGUAAAUUCUCAUUUGCAGUCUAAAAGCCUCUACUACGGGCAACACACUGUUGUUGCAGGAAAUGAAAUUUAUCUGUUCUUCCAAAGAAGCAGUUUCAAUAAAGUUCACAGAAGUCUGCACUGCCAUUCGAAA